ACACUUGCUUUUUGCGAAGUUGAUUGAAGUAUUAAUAACGGUGAUGUCGUCUACGAUAUCAACUGGGAAGAACUUCUCAAAUCAUCAUUUGCAUCGAGAGAAACCUCUUGAAGAAACUACUAGAGUCCUUUUGUUUAUCAUAAUUUUUGCAACAGUUUUUGGAAACACUUUGGUCUUGCUUACAACCUGGAAAGAUAAACGUCUUCAUCAACCAAAUAAGUAUUUCAUUGCAUGCUUAGCAGUAGCAGAUCUUCUUGUUGGACUUUUUGUCGUUCCCGUUCGUCUUCACAUGCAAUUAAACAUGGCGGACGUACAACCAUUGUCUCUUUGUCAAUUUUGGAUGUUGGUUGACGGGUUUUGUGAAGCUGCCUCGAUUGUCACCCUGACAGUAAUCAGCGUCGAUCGUUAUUUUAAAAUCAGUUAUCCGUUUAAAUACAGAACAUGGAUGGACACAUCAAAAUCACGCAUCAUAAUUGCAAAUAUUUGGUUGAUUUCAUUUGUGGCUGGGGUGAUUUCAAAAGCUUAUUUUGGCUGCAGGAAUGAAAACCCUGUAUACUUAACUGUUAUUUCGGUUUUGUUUUUCUUUUUUCCAUCUAUUACGAUAAUCCUUAUGUAUACAUUCAUAUUUUACAUUGUUCAUAAGAAACGAAAGAUGGAAAGAAAGGGAAAAUUAGGGCAAUCACAUGCAGCUUCCCAAGACAACAGCAGAGGACAAGUUUUAAUGCAGGAGUUAAAAACAUUACGAAUGCUUUCCUUAGUGGUGUUUUCCUUCAUUCUGUGCUGGGGACCAAAUUUCUCUCUAUUAUUAAUUUCAUUGUACACACCGGAGUAUUUGAGUUCGUUGACGCAAAUGCAGAAAGCAGUUAUCCACAAUUUAUUUGUUGUUAUCCUUCCUUCGUUCAAUAGUAUUUGUAAUCCGAUAAUUUACGCAUGUUGUGAUCGUAAAUACAACAAAGCCUUUAAGCAAUUUCUCGCAAAUAACAUGUUUAGUGACUUUUUCUCACGGCAGCAAAGCACUCAGAUGAGUCAUAUCACAAGUUCGAGAAAAAAUAAAACUGAUAUAGAGGUUGGAAACCGGAAAGAAUAGGAGAGUUCUUCUUCUCGUUUGAUAUAUUGAAUAUUUACUGUAAAAAACGAUGAAGUAUAAUUUAAAUAGUACGAUUUAUCAUACUUCAUUAUAUUGUACAAAAUAACCGACUUUAUUAUAUGUCUGGAGUGAUGUUAUGAAUCUGAACAUUCUCUGCUUGUAUUGUAACCAUCUCUAUACAUAACUACGAUGAAGAAUUUAGAUAGAUAUCGAGAUUACGAUGAAUAUAUUCUAUAAUUUUAAAAAGUUUAAAUGUAAGGCAUGUAAGUCAAAGUCGUCUUUCAUCGUCAGACGAAAAGAGUUCUUUACCUUCAAAUUGUAUUUUUCGGCUCAUAACAUCAACAAGAAAUGGUACGUGUAAUGUUUGAAAUAAUGGUUUCGAAAUUUGAGACAUUUAUAGGUGUGUGUGGUAUAUAGAGCCAUAUGUGCUAUUGGUUAAUCAAGGUGAACGAUCACAAAGUUCUAUGAUGUAAAACUUUAUGUAGCAGUUGUUAGCUUUAACUUUAGUAAGGAAAUUAGGACUACAAAAUUUCAUGAAUAAAUAAAUAAUCUAUAAACAAACAUGCAUAUAAUGGAUUUUUUUUUAUUUUCGAGGAGAACAAGCAGUAUUUAAAAGCUCUACAACAAUUUUUUACAAUGUGCAUUCAAUUUUUGCUGUAAAUACCAAUAAAAAUAGCUAAAUAAGCAACGGAGAAAAAAUAGACAGAUAAAAAAUGAGCCUCAUUUGUCUUGUACGUCUGUUUACACUUGCUUAGAGUCAACAACAAAAUUUAUUGAUAAAACCAUAUAAGUAAAUGCAUUAACACAUGCACAACAGGCAUCGCAUUCAGCC